AUGACCACGACACAAAACCCAGUACCAAUACCUCACUCUUUCCCUUCUCCUGCCCCAACUCUAUCAAAUUCAACUUACAACGUUCUUACGAAGGAGACGACCCUCUCCACCAUCUCAGCCGUUCAUCCCCACUUACUCGACAUCCUACGUAUACUCAUUCCAACAAUCUUACUUCGAGUCUCUAGGACCUUCUACGACGAUUUAGUCCCUGAACUAUAUCACACUCUAUCCUUAGAUGAAGGGAACAUACGAGGUGUCUUAGAAGGGUACGACGAUGAAAGUGGGAGGAAGAAGGAUGCUUUGGGAUUGGUAAGGGAAUUGACAAUAUGCGAUUUAGAAGUAUUAGAAUAUAUGUCAGAGCUUGAUCCAGAUAUACAUAAUGAUAUCCGAAUUGAUCAUGCUGAACAAACCCAAACCCAAACUCAUAACGGACCUAUACAAUCACCUGAAAACGACAAACGUAUCGACAAUCAUCAAGAUGAUGGUAAUCUAUGUUUAUUCCCAAAUCUCGAGACCAUCCAUCUUCCCUUCAAAUUCAUCUCAUCCCUCAAUCAACUUACCAUACUAUCCAAUGAGAUCUCUCAUGAUGACGAUCAUCUCCAUCGCACCAGAAGUGCCGAGGCUGAGCGUAAACUCAAUUUAUACCCAUUGAUAUUCUCUCGGUAUUUCUAUACUAGAUUAAUCAUCAUUGAUCUAGGUCAAGAGAUAGAUACCGAUUUAUAUUGGGCAUUCGAUUCUACUUUAUUCAAUCUACUCGAUUCUAUUCCCCCAUCUAGAAGUGUGAAUACGAGGUUGAGGAUAGAGACGGUUCUACCGAGGGAGAGACCUUCGAGAGGUUAUAUACCUCAUAAUCUUCUGCAAGCUUCGACUAUCCAUUUUAUCCCACUUCCAGCCCCACUCACGAUACGAACCGACAUCGAGACAGAGACCGAGACAGAGACGUCCGGAGCUCAAAUAGACGGAAGAAUAUUAGGAACAAACGAAGAUUUGGCUAAAGUCAUAAGAGAUCAUUUUGACGUACAUACAUCUCGACCAAAUUAUCCACCUAUACUGUAUCAUGUGAGGGAUGUGCGAGGGGUGAUUGGGGAGCUGGAGAAGAUGAGGUUAAUGAGAACGAAGGAGGAUUAUUGA